AUGACUGACCCCAGUAGCCCUCUGCUACCUACAUCAGGUGUGACUGACACCAGUAACCCUCUGCUAUCGAGAUCAGGUGUGACUGACCCCAGUAGCCCUCUGCUACCUACAUCAGGUGUGACUGACACUGGUAGCCCUCUGCUACCUACAUCAGGUAUGACUGACACCCGUAGCCAUCUGCUACCUACAUCAGGUGUGACUGACACCAGUAGCCUUCUGCUACCUGCAUCAGGUGUGACUGACACCCAUAGCCCUCUGCUACCUACAUCAGGUAUGACUGACACCAGUAGCCCUCUGCUACCUACAUCAGGUAUGACUGACCCCAGUAGCCCUCUGCUACCUAGAUCAAGUGUGACUGACACCUGUAGCCCUCUGCUACCUAGAUCAGGUGUGACUGACACCAGUAACCCUCUGCUAUCGAGAUCAGGUGUGACUGACCCCAGUAGCCCUCUGCUACCUACAUCAGGUGUGACUGACACUGGUAGCCCUCUGCUACCUACAUCAGGUAUGACUGACACCCGUAGCCAUCUGCUACCUACAUCAGGUGUGACUGACACCAGUAGCCUUCUGCUACCUGCAUCAGGUGUGACUGACACCCAUAGCCCUCUGCUACCUACAUCAGGUAUGACUGACACCAGUAGCCCUCUGCUACCUACAUCAGGUGUGACUGACACUAGUAGCCCUCUGCUACCUAGAUCAAGUGUGACUGACACCUGUAGCCCUCUGCUACCUAGAUCAGGUGUAACUGACAUUAGUAGCCCUCUGCUUCCUACAUCAGGUGUGACUGAACCCAGUAGCCCUCUGCUACCUAGAUCAGGUGUGACUGACACCCGUAGCCUUUUGCUACCUACAUCAGGUGUGACUGACACUGGUAGCCUUCUGCUACCUACAUCAGAUACGAGUGACAAUGGUGGCCCUCUGCUAUCUUUAUCAGGUGUAACUGACAGAGGCAAGGACAUACUAGGCAUCCCAGCCUACCUCACCACUCAGAAGGCUAUUUCCAUCGAUGAAUGUUGCAUAUCAGCCUAUUUCACCAGUCAGAAGGCUAUUUCCAUUGAUGAAUGCUGCAUCCCAGCCUACGUCACCACUCAGAAGGCUAUUUCUACCGAUGAAUGUUGCAUCCUAGCCUAUCCCACCACUCAGAAGGCUAUUUCCACCAAUGAAUGUUGCAUCUCAGCCUAUCCCACCACUCAGAAAGCUAUUUCCACCAAAGAAUAUUGCAUCCCAGUCUACCUCAUCACUCAGAAGUCUGUUUCAAUCGAUGAACGCUGUAUCCCAGCCUACCUCACCACUCAAACGGCUAUUACCAUCGAUGAAUAUUGCAUCCCAGCCUAUUUCACCAGUCAGAAGGCUAUUUCCAUUGAUGAAUGCUGCAUCCCAGCCUAUGUCACCACUCAGAAGACUACUUUCACCAAUGAAUGUUGCAUCCCAGCCUAUCUCACCACUCAGAAGGCUAUUUCCAUCGAUGAAAGUUGCAUCCCAGCCUACCUCACCACUCAGAAGGCUAUUUCCAUCGAUGAAUGUUGCAUCCCAGCCUAUUUCAGCAGUCAGAAGGCUAUUUCCAUUGAUGAAUGCUGCAUCCCAGCCUACGUCACCUCUCAGAAGGCUAUUUCUACCAAUGAAUGUUGCAUCCCAGCCUAUCCCACCACUCAGAAGGCUAUUUCCACCAAUGAAUGUUGCAUCUCAGCCUAUCCCACCACUCAGAAGGCUAUUUCCACCAAAGAAUGUUGCAUCCCAGCCUACCUCACCACUCAGAAGUCUGUUUCAAUCGAUGAACGCUGUAUCCCAGCCUACCUCACCACUCAAAAGGCAAUUUCCAUCGAUGAAUAUUGCAUCCCAGCCUAUCCCACCACUCAGAAGACUAUUUCCACCAAUGAAUGUUGCAUUCCAGCCUACCUCACUACUCAGAAGGCUAUUUCCACCAAUGAAUGUGCAUCCCAGCCUACCUCACCACUCAGAAGGUUAUUUCCAUCGAUGAAUGUUGCAUCCCAGCUACCUCACUACUCAUAA